AGUCAGGUUGUCAGUGCUCGGGAAGAUGGCAGGGGUGUUUGAGGUGGAGGUUGAUGGUGUUGUGCACGACCAUGGACACGGACACGGACACGGACAUGGACAUCGCGACGACGCUUCUCAGAUUGACCUGUCCCAGCUCUCACCGGAAGAGAAGUGGAGGUUGGAACACGCAAAAAUGCAUGCCAAACACAAAGGACAUGAGGCCAUGCAUGCAGAAAUGGUGCUCAUCCUCAUCGUCACGCUAGUCAUCGCCCAACUCGUCCUGGUGCAGUGGAAACAGAGACAUUCAAAAUCAUACAAUUUGGUAACACUCUUCCAGAUGUGGGUCGUUCCUCUGUAUUUCACCACUAAGCUGCACUGGUGGCGGUUUCUGGUCACAUGGUUCAUCUUCUCGGUUGUCACGGCCUUCAUUACUUUUCGUGCUACUCGCAAACCACUGGACUGCACCACACCAAGGCUUGUGUAUAAAUGGUUUCUCCUGUUGUAUAAGAUCAGCUAUUCCACAGGCAUUGUGGGCUAUACUGUAGUCAUGUUCACUCUCUUUGGCAUCAAUCUCAUAUUUAGAAUAAAGCCAGAAGAUGCCAUGGACUUUGGUGUAUCUCUUCUCUUUUAUGGCCUGUACUAUGGUGUAUUGGGUAGGGAUUUUGCAGAGAUGUGUGCAGAUUUUAUGGCAUCUACAGUUGGGUUUUACAGUGCAUCAGGAAUGCCCACUAAACACCUCUCAGACAGCAUCUGUGCCGUGUGCGGUCAGCCAAUCCUGGUGGACGUGAGUGAGGAGGGAAUCAUUGAGAACACCUACAGACUCUCCUGCAACCAUGUAUUUCAUGAGUUUUGCAUACGAGGCUGGUGCAUUGUGGGUAAGAAGCAGACAUGUCCAUACUGCAAAGAGAAGGUUGACCUCAAGCGGAUGUUUAGUAAUCCGUGGGAGAGACCCCACGUCAUGUACGGACAGCUACUGGACUGGCUGCGGUACCUCGUGGCCUGGCAGCCUGUUAUUAUUGGACUGGUACAAGGCAUCAAUUACGUCCUGGGUUUGGAGUAACUACUAGACCCAGUGUCGAGGGACUAGCAUACCUCACUCAAACUGGAUUUUUCAAGGACUGUGUGUCUAAUGUGUUAAGAACUGUAUAAAGGCACACAGUGUGCUAAUGUGUCUUCAAAUGAAAUUCUACUCUCAGUCUGACGUUGGAUGUUUUCUUUGAGUUUUUUUACCUUUAUGGACUACAUGAAGUUUGGACCUUGCUGUUGAAUCACCUGGUCUCCAGAAGGAUUUUGUUUUGUAAAGAAAACUUUUGAAUCACUUAAUGUAUUUUUAAAUAUAACAAUUUUCCUUUUUUUCUGUUAACAAACAUUAACAUGCACUAAAUUGCCAAAAGUAUGCGAACACCCCCUUCUAAUUAACUGUUUUGAUGAUUCCAGUAUUUUCUGAGAACAAAUCUUAAUGCUACACGGUAUAGUGACAUUCUAGAGACUUGUGUGCUUUCAACAUUGUUGCAGCAGUUUGGAAAGAAUGUUAUUGUAUAGCAUUAAAAUACUGUGUGUUCUCACAGAAAUGACUGGAAUAUCCAAACCCAUUUGUUAGAAGUGUCCACAUACUUUUUGCCAUUGUGACUAGGAGGAGGGAGUGGCCGGUCCGUGAGGACGCACGCCUGGUGCUGAAUUGUCCUAAUCUGCCGAGAGGGGGAUAAAGACAAGCCAGUGUUGCCAGUUCGAGAGAGAGAGAUAGACACGUGGCCGCUGUGAAUUUAUGAUUCUUUAUGUUGAUUUAUGUCAUUAAAGUUAUGUUGACUGUUCUGCCAGUUCCCACCUCCUCCUCGCCCAUCUUGUGAACCCCGUUACAACCAUAUAAUGCUUAUAAUGUUUUACAAUAUCCUUGCACCAUUUUUUCAGUGUAAUUCUCAUUUGGCACAUUUCAGACAUGCUAGUAAUUCGAAUGACAGGCCCUCUUCAAGUGUGUGUGUGCGUGAUAGUGUACAAAUCGCUGUGUCUUCUAGCCAGUAAUGAUCAGUGUGAGGGACCGUUUCAGCCUCAGGUGAUGUUAGUGUUUAAUUCACUUCAAAUUGUUCUCCACAAUGUUUUAACCAUGUUCACCUUUCAGUCUGUGUGGUACACAAGACUAAGGUACUGUAAAAGACUGUAUGUUGAAUGGAUAAAUAACAUGAUGU